AGCGCGCUGACGUCAGACGUACCCUACCUGCGUGACGCAUCGCUAGGGGCGGAGUCAGAGCUGGGCCGGGGCCUCUCCGUCACUGAGGCGCCGCCAUUUGAGGUCGGAAUCAAGGAGACGGGAAGGACUUUGGAUUUAACUUCUACAGAAUGGGUCUCCACUUUGGAAAUUUGGCCAGGGUGCGACACAUCAUCACCUACACCAUAUCUCCCUUUGAACAGAGGGCGUUUGCGAACUACUUUAUCAAAGGCAUCCCAAAUACAUGGAGGCGAUUCAGAGGCCAGGUUUUCCGUGUUGUUCCUCCAUUUGUGAUCUCGUACCUCAUUUACACUUGGGGCAACCGUGAACACGAAUUGUCAUUGAGAAAGAACCCAGCUGACUAUGCCAAUGACAGUUAAAUACCAAUUUCAAGAGAACUUCUAUUUUGCAAAAAGUAUUUCCAAUCAGCAAGUUCACCUGCUUUCUUCUUGUGGAGAAAACUGUCCUGUCUAUUGAAAUAAAGUAUUUAUUAUGUACA